AUGCGCGCUGAGCCACCCUCGGGUUUCCCCCGAGAGGGGCCCGGCCUCAAGUCGGGCGGGUGGGCGGGGCCGGCCGGCCGGGGCUGCUCCUGGCGCCAGUCGGCUGCUUCCCCUCCGUCCGCUUGCUUCGUCUCUUCGUCUCUCUUCGUCUCCGUCCGUCCGUGCGCGCGCGCGCUCCCCUGCGGCUGCUCGCCCCCGCGCGCGCGCGCUCCCGCCCCCCCGAUGGCGCUCCCGGCGCUGGGCUGCGCGCUCCUGCUGGCCGCCGCCGCCGCGCUCGCGUCGGCCGACGAAGGUUGCAUCUGCGACUCCAGCAAGCUGACAACAAACUGCUCUUCCCUUCCAAGUGGGGAAUGCCAGUGUCAGGCCCUGGGUUCGCCGAAUAAAGUCCUGUGUUCGAACCUGGUGUCGAAAUGCCUGCAGAUGAAGGCGGAGGUGACCGGGGCCAAGACCGGGCGUCGGAAGAGACCCGAAGGGGCUUUCAGAAAUAACGACGGGCUGUACGACCCCGUGUGCGAUAACGCGGGCGUCUUCAAGGCGCGCCAGUGCAACGACACCAGCACUUGCUGGUGCGUUAACACCGCCGGCGUCCGGAGGACCGACAAGAGCUCCGAAAUCACGUGCAGCGAACUCGUCAGGACCUACUGGAUCAUCAUCGAACUGAAGCAUAAAGCGAGAGAGAAGCCCUUCGACAGUCAGGAGUUGGAGAAGGCUCUGAAAGACGAAAUUCAGAAGCGGUACAAGCUGGAGAAGAAGUUUAUCACGAACUUUGUGUACGAAAAAGACGGUAUCAUCAUCGAGCUGAUGCAGAAUUCCUCGGAGAGCGCUGCCUCGAACGUGGACAUAGCUGACGUGGCCUAUUACUUCGAAAAAGAUAUUAAAGGAGAGUCUUUCUUCCACGCGAGCAAGGGCAACAUCUUCGUAAACAACGAGGUCCUGGAGCUGGAACCGGAUGAGACCUUAAUUUAUUACGUGGACGAGAAGGCCCCCGAGUUUUCCAUGAAGGGCCUCACAGCCGGCGUCAUCGCCGUCAUCGUGGUGGUGGUCCUGGCCGUCGUCGCCGGGAUCGUCGUGCUGGUUGUCACCAGAAGGAAAAGAAAGAAUCGCUACGAGAAAGCCGAAAUAAAGGAGAUGGGAGAGAUGCGCAGAGAGCUCAACUCAUAACCAGCCUGUUUUCGGAAGAUUGGACGAGAACAGAGACAAAACGGCAGCACCGAUACAAGGGGGUGCACAUGGGAGGGAGGGAGGGGGGUGUAGUGUCUUUAUAGGUAAAAAUCCGACUUUUCGUAUGCUUUUAAAAUACGCUCAGCAUUUUCAAAUGCUCACUGAGGAAACGGUAGCUUUCGGGAUCGGAAAUGGGUCAGCCGUACUUUAAGCGAAUGGACAGUUCUUAAAUUCUCUGGCAAAGCUUCGACUAUCACUUGCCUAAAUUAAAGAAGGUGUACUUUUUUUUUUAAUAAUAUCCUUUUAAUAGCGGGCGUGGGGGGAUGAAAUUUGGGUGGUGGGCUUUCGGUCUCGCUUAUUUGUAAAUGCGGAGACGGCCUCCGGUAACUUUUGUUGUUCAGAGAUUUGUGUGUAUAUAUUUUUUGACCGUAGAUUCCCGUCACUUUUUGUAUGAACACCGAAAUAAAACACGUUGUCUAC